AUGUCCCGCCUCAACGCGACGCGUCCCGGCGCAGCGUACAUGGCCCAUUCGACCCGCGGCCAUCUUGUGACCAACGACGAGUUUCCGCUCUUGGAUUUCCGGGAGCUUUCGCAGUGUUUGCAGGAGUGCGAUUUUGCCGCCAGCGAGGAGCUCGUGGCGCGGCCGUCCGGCUCGUACAUCCGCAAGUUGUUUGAGCAGAUCUUGGACACAUUCAUCGGGCUUUCUCCGGACUACUGUGGCGGCACGGCCAGGGACUUGCUCCAAACGCCCGGGCCUGCAGGCGGCGCGGACAGCGGCGGCGCGGACGCCGACGACACGGCGGACGCGGUGCACGUGCUCGUGUUUUUCCGGGCCGUGAACAUGUUUCUCCAGAAGUGCGGCAUUCUGGACUUCACGCUCCUGGACUUGGUGCGGCCGGACCCGCUCCGGACACAGCGCGUGCUCAGCGGCGUGAUCAACUUUGCCCGGUUCCGCGAGGAGCAUUUGCGCGAGUGUGAGCUGCUAGCGAAGGAGGCCGAGGAGGCCAUGCAAGAGGUGCGCAAUCUCGACGACGAGCGUGUGGAUUUGGCCAACCGCAUCGACAAGUUGCGGCGGCGUCUCAAAGAAGGAGACGCUGCAGGCGCUGCGGCCGGCGGCUCAGCGGCGGCGCAGAAAUCGCUGCUUGCUCAGUUGCUCAAGUACAACUCGAAGCUCGAGCAGGAGCUCAUCAAGCUCCAGAAGUCCCAGGAGGUUUUCAAGAAGGAGCACGCGAGCUACAGGGAGACCAAGGCGCGGCUCAUCGAGAAGCUCGAGGACCAGCAUUUCCUUCUCAGCGAGUCCGAGCGCGAGCUCCUGAAGAUCGAGGCGUACGCCUCUGCAGACCCGGCGGUGGUGAGGCAGGUGGUGGCGGAUCUAAGGCUGCAUUCGCAGGCGGCGGAGGAAGAACUCAAGAAGUCCGAGACCACCGUGCGCAACAAAACCAGGACGCAGCAGGCCGUGCAAACCGUGGAGGACGAGCUCCGCAACCUCAUCAAGAUCGUCCAGGAAAUCAGCAACGACAUGAAGGUGCUCGACGCGGCCAAGGACAACUACGCGCGCCAGAACGACGAGCUCAGCAGCAAGCAGCAGAUUUCGGACGAGUUGACGGUGCAUCUCGAGAGAGCCAAACGGCAGUUCCAGAAGUCCGAGGAAAAGAUCGCCAAGCUUCGCCAGCAGGCGCUGGAAAAGGAACAGGCCGCCCACGAGAAGUUUUUGGCGCUCGAGAUGGAAUACGACAUGUUGACGCAAGACCGCGACGCCAAGCAGGAGAAGCUUGACCGAACGAAGAAGGAGAACAGCCAGAUCGAGGCCGACAUCCGCAAAAUGAAGCUGGACUUCGACUUCGAGUUCCGCAACACCACCUCUGCCGUGGCCAAGCUCAAUGCCCACAUCCGCCAGUACUUGGAAGAUAUCUCCAGGCAUCUUUGA